GCAAGCUGCACUGCUCCACAGCAUCAUUGGCCGUGUGUGUGUGUCUCUAAUCCUCCAGUGCUGCUUGUCUAGACAUUCAAGAUGUGUGGCGGGUGGCCUGUGCUGUAAACGAACAUCAACACUCCGGCACUCCAACUGCAAGACUCCUGGUCAGACUCAGCAGCGGCUCUGGGAUGUCUUCCCCAGGAUCCGCCAGCGGCAGCAAGAGGAAUUCUUCGGAGCUGGAGCUGGAGCAUGCUCAGAGAGUACCAGAGGCAGAGCCUGUCCAGCCGCAGGUAAAGCUAAAGGACAGGCAAAAGUUUUUUGAGGAGGCUUUUCAGCAGGACAUGGAGCACUACUUGUCAACAGGAUACCUACAGAUCGCGGAGAGAAGAGAGACAAUAGGAAGCAUGUCAUCAAUGGAGGUGAACGUGGACAUGCUGGAGCAAAUGGACCUGAUGGACAUGUCGGACCAUGAGGUGUUGGACGUCUUUCUCAACUCUGGUGGUGAGGACAGUGUGGCCUCACCGAUGCUGGGUCCUGAUGUGGAGUCGUUCACCUCUGAGAUCACUCUUCAGGUGCCCACACAGGCCGACCUGAGACACAAGCUGGCGUCGCUGUCCUCCACCUGCACGGACUCAGCCAGCCAGGACACGGAGGCAGGGGAAGAGGAGGAGGACGACGAUGAUGAUGAUGAGAGGGGACCAGCAGCCAUCCGUGGCUCUCUGCUUGUCCAGCCAGAUCAGGAGGAGUUCGAGGAGGAUGCCACGUUAACCGGAAGAGAACAAAACCAGCCAAUCAAGAACUGUGAGAGCAGCAGCUCAUCCUGAAAACACAGAGGAUGAACGACAGACUGUAAAAGGAAGUAAUGUAGUUAGCGGUGUGCUAUGCACUCGCGUCCAAAGGAAGAGUGUGCACUGGUGUUUUAUGAAACCCUUUUGGUUUUUGUAAAGAAAUUCUUUGUCGUGUGCUGUGCAGUGUGAAGCCCGAUCCUGUGCCUGCACUCCAAAUCAAUAAAUAUAUUUUAUUCUGUUGGACGUUCAUUGCAUACAGCUGGUCUGCUGUUUGCCCCUCUGUGCCACCGUUGUCAGUUACAGUGUAUCUAUAUUAUAUUCCUUUCACUCUACAAACCAGUUUGAUCGGUUUCACAUCUUGUAAUUCCAUACCUGGAGUAUUUUCAGCUUUUAAAAAUGUAUGUACGUGAGGUACACGUCUGUCUCUGUAUGUAUAAAAUCAAUACUGCUUUAGAGGCCUCCGGCUCACCAGACUGACUUUGAUUAUUAUGAUGAAAACACCACAAUUUAGGCUCUGGGCCAAGCUUCAAUACUUUACAUUGCCUGUGUGUUUCUGCACCAGGGAAAACCAUGUGGAGAUGCAGGAACAAAA